CAACCUUCCUUUCGAUAUCCUCACUUUCCUUAACUCUUUCCUUGAAACCUUUCCUUGAACUCGUCGGCGUUAUCACUCAUUCAGUCAACUAUUUCAUCAUGUACUCGGCAUUCACUACUACCAUUUUCACCAUCUUCGCAACAUUCACGCUUUGCUUCAGCUUGACCGUCGCUUCUUAUCCGACACAGCAAUUCCUAAUCCACACCGAGCCUCCAAAGGUGGUCCAAAAAUGCUCCAGGGCGGGAAAGACACUAGCGGAAUUAUUCAACAUGGUAGCAUCCGAGAAGGUCACUUGUAUCGAACCACCGCCGGAAGAGGAAUGUGAAGAUAAAAUGGCCGCGGCGCUCUGUACUGCAUUUCACAACAUGACAUGUAGCAAGACUAUGAGUGUGAGAGAUUGCGAAGUCGGGGCAUUAUAUCGGUGUCACGAGCAAUUCUGUUGAAAAUCGCGCGUAUCAGGCAACCGACACGCGGGAGUAGGGACAGUUCUAGCCAAAGCGAACUGGGAUGCCUUAUUUUUUGGAGACGAACGAUCUGGCUUCCAAGUAUCAACAUAAAGACAGGAGACGGAAGGCCACCUCUGUGAUACCCAAGGAAAAAUAAAAGGUUUUAAACAAUUUACGCAGAA